AUGACUAUCUUCGUCAGUGGAAGGACAACACCGAUGACUACUUGGACCUGCUCCUUCGGCGGGAGGGUCCACCUUCCAUCAGAACGUGCUCGCCGGAUGCCAUUCCAUCGGAUCAGUCAAUGGACAGGGGGAUUCUUCGAGGAUACCUCCUUGACUAAGAUCGGGCUAGAAAUACACCUCGGUCAUGCCGGCCAGCCUUGCCCGGGGUUGACCGAUGAAUGGUAUGACACAGAUGAUGAAGGAGACGAUUUGACCGAGGGCCCUUGGAUACCCUUAGUGAAUGAUCCUCGUACCACCACAGUGGUGGACAGGACGGGCAUUCACUCCUUGAUGAUCAGGUUCUGUCGGUGCACCGAUGCUAUGACGGCCGACAAGCAACUAUUCGAGACCGGACUCUUCCCUGCGUCUUUCACUUCGCCGAAGACAGCAUUCACAUUUGAAGUGUUGGACGAUUUCCUGUUGGACAACUUGGAAUGCGGGACUUCGGCCAUGAACUAUUACAGUAAGUUGAGGCGUGUCACAUCCAGCGUCUUCCCUCAUCUGGUGCCAGACCGAUACCGGGAGUUGAUGAGGGUCGGCAGGCAAUGGCGACAGCUCAAACAGCUCAAGUGGCAUGGGUUCGGCCAUGAGAAGCGAAAGCCGAAGGCAGGGGAGCUUGCUCUCUUCUGUCCUGCAUGCCGAACAUUUGCAUCCGACAAAUCCAGCCGGCGAGGUGGCUUUGACCUGACGGCUUGGGAUUCAUGGUCGGCGAUGCCCGAUACAAAAUGCAUCUCGCCAAGGCGCAGGAUACCAAUCAAAGAUCUGAUUGCAACAAUCACCGAGCGGUCAACCAAGCAAAUGCAUCUCGGCACAAGCUCGAAGCAACCGGCAUCGGCGGGUGUGCUUGCGCCAGACAUGGAUGUUUCGUUCCCCAUUCCAUGGUGGACUUUCAAAAGGGGGAAAGUCGGCCGAAGGCAGAUGAACAUGGAUUAUGCGCUGUGCCAAGCCCUGUCCUACAAUACCGAUGGCAUCGAGCGAGCAUUCACAUUCUACGACAUUAAUUGUCAAUACCACAAGCAUCUCCAUCAGAGGAUUGAUGCAUCCCCCUAUCUCGGCCUUCCAUGGGGCAUGGACAUCAUUCCUGGCAUCGGCCUCUGGCAUGUUCACGGACAUCAGGACAAAUGCUACGUCCGGUAUGCCUCCAACUUCAUCACCUGGCGCUGCGAGGAUAGACGGCGAAAUAAUGGAGACCUUGUGGGCGCCUUUGAAUAUUAUAUCACCGUCGGCAAGGGGGAUAUGAUUCGCAUGAGCAAAUUCCUUUGCCGGAAAUUUAAGGAAGCUGUGAAGGGAGUGAAGGACAGCCGAUAUGCAUUUGACCGGUUGAGCGAGACCGCCAGCGAAGAAACCCUUGCAAAAUGGGAGGCCGAGGCCGAGGCCGCUCAGAAUGACCGACUGGAUAAUCCCAGCGCCAUGGACAUAUACGAAGUUAAAUUAACAAAAGAUAGACUGCAAAGCCAACUUGAUGAAUUCAUCAGGAUCGCGCUCACAUUUCUCGGCGAUGGAUAUGAAGGAUAUGACCGGUUGGAUGGCAUGAACGUCAUGUUGGAUGCCGCAGAAUUGGAGUCGGUAGGUUCAUUGUCUGACAAUGCCGAUCGGUCGGAUGAUGAAGAAGAUGAUGUGCCGGUUGAGUUCAAUCCCGAGACCGUGGUUAUUCCUUUGCCGUCCAACAUUGGCGUUGAAAGGUGUGCCGAGUGGGGCGUUGCCGACCUUGUGCUGCAAGAAAUAUCUUUAAGAGAAGGCCAGGCAAAUGACGCUUUGCAUGCCAUCAGGGUUAAUUUGGCUGACAAAGCCGUUCUCUUUCGGACAACGGUUCGGUCGGCGAAAUCCCAAGCUCGGUCGACCAGGGCAUGGGCCCAGCUCAUCAGUCUCGGAGCCGAUGACUUGCUCACGAAAUAUCGGCCGUUGCAGAAGGAGGACCUCAAGGCUACUACAGUAGUGGCCGACCCGAAUGCGCGCGGUCAAAGGAAUAGCACGCUGGCAUGGUUCUGGUCAAUUGAUGUUGAGGGGGAUUCCACAAGCAAUGACUGGAUGGAUGAAUUUUACCCCGUCCAUUGGCUUCGGACAUUGGCAUUGUGGGAUCGUUGGGCGGAGGAACUGCUGCUGGUCGGUAGAGAAAUGACAUGGACAGUUGAAUUUUUCAUUCAUAAAUCCGAGCAAUGGGUUGGCCGAAUGCAAGAGGCCGACGCAAAUAACAUGAUCGGCCACCGGUGCUAUGCUGCCCGACAGGCCCAGAUUUACCUCCGACUCUCGCAGCAUGCACAAGACAGCUUUGAAAGGACAAAGGGGGUCGCUCAAGUGGCAGAGUGA